GGCCGCCGGCGCUCGAUUGCUUCUGUCUGGCGGCGGCAGCAUGGCGGCGGGGGCGGCUGAGGCAGCUGUAGCGGCGCUGGAGGAGGUCGGCUCAGCCGGGCAGUUUGAGGAGCUGCUACGUCUCAAAGCCAAAUCCCUCCUUGUGGUCCAUUUCUGGGCACCAUGGGCUCCACAGUGUGCACAGAUGAACGAAGUUAUGGCAGAGUUAGCUAAAGAACACCCUCAAGUUUCAUUUGUGAAGUUGGAAGCUGAAGGUGUUCCUGAAGUAUCUGAAAAAUAUGAAAUUAGCUCUGUUCCCACUUUUCUGUUUUUUAAGAAUUCUCAGAAAAUCGACCGAUUAGAUGGUGCACAUGCCCCAGAGUUGACCAAAAAAGUUCAGCGACAUGCAUCUAGUGGCUCCUUCCCACCCAGCGCUAAUGAACAUCUUAAAGAAGAUCUCAACCUUCGCUUGAAGAAAUUGACUCAUGCUGCCCCCUGCAUGCUGUUUAUGAAAGGAACUCCUCAAGAACCACGCUGUGGUUUCAGCAAGCAGAUGGUGGAAAUUCUUCACAAACAUAAUAUUCAGUUUAGCAGUUUUGAUAUCUUCUCAGAUGAAGAGGUUCGACAGGGACUCAAAGCCUAUUCCAAUUGGCCUACCUAUCCUCAGCUCUAUGUUUCUGGAGAGCUCAUAGGAGGACUUGAUAUAAUUAAGGAGCUAGAAGCAUCUGAAGAACUGGAUACAAUUUGUCCCAAAGCUCCCAAAUUAGAGGAAAGGCUCAAAGUGCUGACAAAUAAAGCUUCUGUGAUGCUCUUUAUGAAAGGAAACAAACAGGAAGCAAAAUGUGGAUUCAGCAAACAAAUUCUGGAAAUACUAAAUAGUACUGGUGUUGAAUAUGAAACAUUCGAUAUAUUGGAGGAUGAAGAAGUUCGGCAAGGAUUAAAAGCCUACUCCAAUUGGCCAACGUACCCUCAGCUGUAUGUGAAAGGGGAGCUGGUGGGAGGAUUGGAUAUCGUGAAGGAACUGAAAGAAAAUGGUGAAUUGCUGCCUAUACUGAGAGGAGAAAAUUAAUAAAUCUUAAACUUGGUGCCCAACUAUUGCAAGAAGUAUUUAAUUACAUUGGAAGCAGUUCAUGAUUUAGUCCUCAGAAAUGGACUAGGAAUAGAAAAUUCCUGCUUACUCAGUUACAUGUUUUGUGUAUUUCACAAUGUUGUGCUAAAUAAAUGUAUGUUACAUUUUUUCCCACCAAAAAUAGAAUGCAAUAAACAUCUUCAAAUUAUUAACAAUAA